CCUCAGUCUUUCUAGAACCCGCCAACACUCAGGAGGUCAGCCUCUUCUUCUUAUAUAUAAACAUUUAACUACUAUUACUAGCCAUGAGGAUGACAACAUUUCCAAAGGAUAAAAAAAGAUUAGCCAAGGGUGUUCGAAUAGAAUCUCCAAAGGAAGACAACUAAAACAUCUCAAAGGGAUUCAAGAACAUCUUUUAGUAUUCAGGCAGGACCUGCUAAUCAGGGGAAACUUCAAGGAUUAGAGAUACGAUGUGGCAGCAAAAGAUGUAUUUUGUCUCUGGAAGAGAACCUAGAUAGAUUAGAUUGAUCAGCAACCCAAUCAUACACGACCCCUGUUACUGUGUACAACAAAUUAUACCUAUUUGAAACACGGCAAGGCAGAAUUAAGCACGGCAUGGUACGGUUUAUUGUACACACACAAACUAGUCAACCCGGUAAAAGAAAAAUUGCGGGAUGCAGUCAUACAUGAUCACUUUUCAAUUACAAUUUAUUUGUACAUAAACUCACUAGUCGAGUCGUCAUGGGAAAAAUUGGGAAGAUCCAAUCACACAUAGUCCUUGAACACAGUAGGUAGUUUCAAGGUGGUGAGAGCACAGUUGAAUUGUAUUUGUAAUACAAUAACUUGCCAAACCAGUAGGAGAAGAAUUAUAGGUUGAUUAUGAAGAGGACUACAUGAAGGAUGUUGAACAUGCUGGUGGUAUGCUUCCUGUUCCUCUCCACCCAGCUGGGCUCGACAAGUGUUCUAAUGUCUCCAACUUGUAUUCCACACUGUACAUGCAGCAGAGAGCAGAUAGAUUGUACAGGAUCCGGAUACUCUUUCCUUCCCCUCCAGCCUUUAGACCGGUCAGAUAUAAAAAUGCGGGAAAACAACCUAACACACCUGGAUUUGGCGGAUUUACUACGCUGGCCCAACCUAGCCUGGCUUGAUCUCAGCAUGAAUAGAAUCAAGGCUGUCGAGGGCUCGGAGAAGGAACUGAAGAUUGAGGUCCUUGAUCUUAGUUACAACCAUAUUCAGGUGCUGCACGCCUUCGUGUUUACUCAGCUCCCUGGUUUGAUAAACCUAAAUAUUUCCCACAAUAAUAUUCAUACAAUAUCUCAGCAGUCCUUUCACCUUCCUAAACUCAAUAUUCUAGAUCUAGCAUUCAACAAUAUAGAGGAAUUACCGAAGGAUUUAGUUCACAGCUUUGGGAAGAUUAAGAAACUUUAUUUAAGCAACAAUAGACUCUCCAGGCUAACAGAUGAAAGCUUAUCUUAUCUUACGGAGAUUGAAGUUCUUGACUUUUCAAGAAACUUUCUCAUGGAUAUUGACGAAAACACAUUACUCGGGAUAAACAUUACUUAUCUUGAUCUCGGUUUUAACUCAUUAAGAAAAAUUCCAACCUCUGCCUUGGAGAAAUUGAACGAGGUUUCAACCCUGAUCCUGGACGGUAUCCUCUUGACCUCAAUGGAGGCCGGAGCCAUGGAGCGGAUUCCUGUCAGGUUCCUUUCAAUCUCUCAUUGUCCGAACCUGAUUACUCUGAAGCAGAAUAGUAUCAGUAGUGUCAACCUCCUGGAGACACUGACUCUGAACAACAAUCCUUCCCUGGUCUACUUCCACCCUGGAGCAGUAUCAUCAGUACCCAACCUUGUAGCUCUAGAUAUAACCAGGAAUAAUCUCUCCGCUCUAGAAGAUAUCCAACCUUAUAUACCCUCAUUACGGAGCCUCUUUAUUGAGGGUAAUAGCCUCCGAUGUCAUUGCGGGCUCCAAUGGCUUCAGAGAAACAUUCAAAAUAAUGACUCUGGUUUCAAGAUCCAGGAUGGAAAGGAGAUUAGAUGUGGGGAGGAGAAGAAUUUACUUGUUAAGAUGAGACCAACAGAUCUAGAUUGUAAACCAUUUAUCCUUCCUCUCUUCCCUUCAACCUGGAUCGGAGAUGUCGGGCAGAACUUUACCCACGUGUGCAGGAGCAUUGGGACGACCAGAACCAGUGUGGUUUGGACCCUGCCUGGAGGAGCUACCCUGAGAACGGGUGAAUGCCUAGGACGGAUCUGUGUUGAGGAUGGAACCCUAUUCCUAACCUGUCUCCACCCUCAGGAUGAAGGAGUUUACUCCUGCUCGGCUGAGAACGAGAAAGGACGGGAUACAAGGAGUAUCCAGCUCCAUGUCAAGAUGCUUCAUAUACAGAUCUUCCCCCUAACUGUAGCAGACACCUUUCUCACCCUGAGCUGGAACACGUCCAGGUCCCUUUCCAGGGACUUCGUCCUCAGGGUCGAGUCAAGCCUCGAUGACACUCCCCCCAUGGAGUUCGGAAACAUCGAGGUCGGCCUCAAGAUGAGUUCCUACACGAUCUCUAGCCUCAAACCCAGUCAGAACUAUAAGAUAACCUUGUGUAUGAAGAAAGGAGGGUUUAGUAUCGGAGUUAGUUCUACUCUUGUCCGAACCAAAGGAGAGAAUUAUAUGCACGGCCUAGGAAUAAUGACGGAUUAUACAUCUAUAGCAGUUGUUAGUUCAAUUCUAGUUCUGUUCUGUGGAUCUUGUAUAAUUCUCAGUAUCUUUAGGUUGUAUAAGCUGAGAUGUUUGGUUGAUAGUGAUACAAUGUCGACCAAACCCAUGAUGAGCAGUGGCUCCGAACCCUCCAGUAUAGCAGGGAUAUCCAAUAUUACAGAGAAGGAUCGGAGCAGGUUAAUGGAGCAUGAACUAACCAGUCCUAUCGAGGAUAUCAAAACCAUGGAGAGUAGAACCUAAACCAUGCACCAUGGAGGGGAACUCAAACUACACCCAGAGAACUUAAUCUGAACCCGUAGAAAUUAAACUAAACCCGGAGAACUUAAGCUUAACCCAGCGAGCUUAAACAGAGCCUGGAGAGCUUAAACCAAACCCAGAGAGCUUGAACAAAACCCUGAGAGCUUAAAAUAUAAACCCUAAAUUCUUCAACUGAACUGAGGGCUUAAACUGAACCCGAAGCACUUCAGCUUGACAUGGAAAGCUUAAACUGAACCCGGAACACUUCAACUGAACCCGGAGAGCCUAGACUGAACCCGGAGAGCUUAAACCGACCACCGGAGAACUGCAUGUCCUGAACUGUAACUGUAACUGAACCCAGAAAAAAGCUUAAACUUAACCCGGCGCGGAGUUGAGCUUUAACUGAACCGGGAGUAGAAGUUGAAAGAGCUAAGACUAUACCCGGAGAAUGUUGAAAGAACACUGUUAUAAAACCAAAAAUUAAGAUACCGUAGUAAAUUUCUUAGAUAGAAAAUAGUGCUUUAGUUUCCCGAGAUAUCACAUGAAUAGUAACGUUGCUGAGCAUGCACAAACUUUGUAGCUUUCAUAGAAGCAAAUCUCGAGAUGAAA